GGUGGAUUGCCCUCUUCGGGGCCGAUGAUUGUUCACUGCAGCUCCGGUAUCGGGAGGACAGGAACAUUUAUUGUGAUCGACAUGCUGAUGAGGUGUAUACAGUCAUUUGGCCUGCAUACGGACAUUGACAUUGCACGCACUGUACAGGCUGUGCGCGAGCAACGAUCCGGCAUGGUACAGACGGUGGCUCAGUACUGUUUCAUCUACAAAGCCGUGCAGGAAUUUGUGUCCCGUCUCCUCCUCAGGGUGAAACUCCGAAAUGUACGUCCACUUCCCCCCAUCUCGUUUCUUUCUGAUGCCAGGUCCGCCCGGGCCAUCGCGCCUGUUCUGUACGUUGCGGCUCCUGCAAUGGUUGGUGCCAUCUUCGCUGCAGUGGCCCCACCAAGUCUGACAAUUGGUCGCCCGUCUUCACCUGCUCCAGUCGUCCCGUGCCUCUACCUGCCCCUACGCCUCCUGCCCUUCCUGUCUUCCACGCAAAUGCUCAAGUCUCUGACCUGGCCACGCCGCCUAGCCUUACGCCUCUACAUUUGA